UGAAGACAAAGCAAGCAUUUCAACCUUAAAACGACACCGUUUUCUGAGCUUUAUCCAUAUUAUUAAGCUCUUAUAUAAAAAGGCCCCCACACUCACUAAACUCCACUGCUUAAUAGAGAGAGAAAGCAAAGUAGUUACCAGCUAGAGAGAGAAAGGGGAAUAAGAGAGAGAAAGAGGAGAGAAUAUCUAUGGCGUCAUUCUAUUCUCGACCGGCGAUCGUCGCAAUUUGCACGAUCAUCAUCUUAAUUAUGGCCGGAGAAUCGGAAGGUAGAGAGCUGAGGCCAUCGGAACACGGAUUGGAGUACCAGGAUUCUCCGCCGCCGGGAAAGAAAUCGCCGGAGAUGGUGACGUUCUUUGGAGGAGGAUCGGAAGGCAGCGAUUCGAGGCCUUCGUCUUCGUCUUCCGAUGUUGCAUUGCCGAAGGCUAUGAACUCGAACGAUACAUCGUGGUGGAGCAACGGCGGGAUCCGAGAUGGCCGCGGCGGUGGCGGCGGAGGAGAAGGAGAUCACGUGAGGCACGUGCUGGUGUUGGCGAGUGUGGUGUGUGGGAUUACAGGUGUGGUACUGUUAGUAGCAUCAGGUUUUAUCUUUCUUUUUAGGUUCAAAAAGCAAAAAUCUUCUUCUCCUUCGUCAACGUCACCACCACUACACCCACCACCCUCAUUAUGCCUCAAUAAUACCAAGUAGUCAUGCUUUUUCACUGAAUUUCUUACACUUUGCUUUUUCUUUUUUUUUUUAAGAAAAAAAUAUUUUUUUUUUAAUUUUUUUUGUUCUUUUUUAUUUUAGGUAUAAUACAAGAGAAAAUGAGUGUAUAAUGCAAUUUUUUUUACUUAUUAUUUGUAUGGAUGGGGUUACUCAUUCUAUGCUACUUAAAAGAUAUUUAGUUUAAUGUUAUCA